AAAGGCCGAUCCCAGCGGCCUUUUACCACGUGAUCAGCGGUGUCCAAUGACACACUGAUCACAGGGAAAUGCAAGUGCCGGUUCUCGGCUGUACUUUCCUCACGCUGUCAGAUCGUGAGGAAAUGGGGAUCGGCACCGAUCAUCAGGACACUGAUGAUCAGUGCCCUGAUGAUCGGUGCCCCAGCAGUGCCACCCCGCAAGUUCCGCCCACCUGUGCCCAGCAGUGCGCCCACUAGCUCAGAACCCCCACCUGUGCCCAGCAGAUCACCCACCUGUGCCCAGCAGUGCACCCACCUGUGCCCAGCAGUGCACCCACC